AUGUUACCCGAGGCCAGCGGUCAAGAUCCUGCGGCGACGUCGCUCAGCAGGCAAGAUGAGAUCGAUCGGGCGCAGAUGGCCAGUCCACACAUGAAAGAAAUGUUACAAAUUCUCGAAAAGAACAAGCAAAGCUUCAUCGCGAAUGUCGAGCGCAGGAUCAGGCAGAGGUUCGAAAGGCUUGACGCCCACAGAUGUCUUGCCCUGGUGGAGAUUGAGGAGACUCGUGAGGCCGACGGGUCUGUUACGGCACAACGCCUUGAGUCUUACCCAGUUAGCAUUUCUGUAGACUUCUGGGCUCACCUCAGUGCUUUUAUUCGGCAACGCGUCACCAACCAGCAACAAGUGCCUGUGAGAAGAUGGAUUGACUCGGCUCAUACGGUGUACGUAGAAGAGCUGCUCCACCACCAAUUUGUCAUUCUACUGAAUCAAUGUCGCGCCGAUAUGGCGGCUUUCUAUUUGCAGCUACACCAAGAAGUCGCCUCAAAACGGGUACAGAUGUGCUCUCAUGCGCGGGAGCGGCUGCAAUCGAGAGAGACGCCAUUGACUACGCCGGAGCUUGCAGAUUUGGGCUACUUGGACGACGAAGAGAUAUUGAACGACGUCUUGCGGCUUGCUCGCGAAAGCGAAAGCGAAAACGAAGGGGCAAAUUACGCGCGAGCUCUGGAGUUUGUCCAACCACGUCUGCCUCAACCCAGGUUUGAGUGGCAGACUGUGCCGCUUGAUCCUCACGUCACACGACGUACCACGUGGCGGGUGAUAGAGGAAAGUGACCGAGUUUUUUUACCAAGACUUGAAAGAUCAAACUUGAGCACUAUUGCAAGAUCAAUUGCCAUCAAUCAGGUUAAACUGUUCCUGCUCGAGGUGCUUGGUAUAACGAAUGAGGACAUUUCAACGAGUCGGCUCCCAGAGCCCGCCAUGUUGGCAAAGUUGGCCUCGCUGCUCGAGGUUUCGUCACUUGCGGACACGCUCGGUGAAAAACUGGCCACGGCCUUGGCCAACGAACUGCAAGCAUCUUUUACAGACCAAAACGAAAAACUCUUAAAGGACUUUGUGCUGAGAGAAGAUGACAUUCUGCAGCCUCUGGUCAAUGUGCUCGUCUCGUCCGUCGACGGGGCCGAAAUCGCCAACCGCGUAUCACUACAGGCCAGAAAAGUCCUAGCAACAAAGAAUCACUCAGAAGUCACACGCAGCAUGGAGCAAGGAUUUCAUCGGAUAUCAAGCGGAAGAUACUCCUGGCUAAAGGAGCUCCAAAAGCUGCGUAUCAGCAACGACGACAUGGCGGGGCUUUUGCUGGAUGAACAUGAAGCCUGUCCAUGGGUAUACUACACCGAAGUGCAUUCAGAUGAGGUGCAAACAUUUGAGAGACCUCUACUUGAUCAUCAUCUCAAUGGAUGUGCUCAUUCUCUACUUGAGACGGGAGAGACAGGCCUUGGCUCCAGAUUGCGAGUCGCCGCGAUUUCCAACACUAGUUCUCCUGCUUCCUUCCAAGACAUUGAGAUGAUUACAAAUCUGCACAAACUCUGUGGUCUAGCUGGUUUUCUCCCAGCUUCACGAAAGGUAGAAACGUGGGAUAACUUUGUUGUAUUUGAAGAGGAAGAAGUCGAGGUUGCCCGCGUUUCUUUCAAUGACCUCGAUUACUCCGGUGUCCUGGGGCGUACUAUCGCAACCCUGGGAGGGUUAUGCACCGCUUUCGAGAAGGCGCAGCAUCUUGGUCUCUGCUGCAACUCCUAUACAGUGUUUUGCAGACAGAGGGAGUAUAGCCACCCAAAUAUCGAGGCAUUUCGAAUCCAAAUCAGUGUCGCUUGGCAGCUGCUAGAAUCUCUGAGGUCUGUAUUGGAGACGCCAGAGUCUUGGGAUCAGACGGCAUCUUCUAUGUUGCGCGAUCAUAGUCCGCUACACUCUGCUCUGCAACCGCUUCUGUACCGUCCCUCGUCGACAUUGUUUUACAGAGAUGCCCAUGCAACGACGAGAAAGAACUGGCUGCAUUUUUGCUCACUGGCUGCGCAAUUUCUCUCUCUAGCGUUUUUAUCAUAUACCCAAGCACACAAAGACGAGCUGUUCCCUUUGUUCAUUGCGAAGCCCCUUGGACGAGUUGUGCUCUGCGGUGCUCGUAUGUUCGGCGGACAGAAAAUUGAGAUGGCAACAAGACCAUUAACUUGCAUCGGUGAUAUGCUGGGUACUUCUGUUAUUAGCUUCCGACUUCUUUCCUUUUAUUCACUAAGAAGAGACGAUAUCGGUCCAAAUCGUUGGCGAAAACUUGACAUUUAUGCGAAUCUCGCAGACAUUGUCGACACCUGGGGUCCAGCAGAGCUGCUCUGCGCAUCCAGUGAUCAGGGGCCUUUUGCGAUGAGGAUUGGUGGCGGAAUACUAUACACAGAAGAUGAUCAUGAAAAUCAAUAUCACUGGAGCGAGUCUGUUGACCUGGAUAAAGUCUCGCAAAGGGAAAUGGACCUGGUGGGGAAGUUGUUGAUUGGUGCAGUACAUGUGAAUAGCGGUUGUCAGUCUGAUUAUGGAGCUCUCCGAAGACGCACUCGUCUACGAACUCUAAGAACACAAGAGCAGAGCCAUCGCUUGGUCUUUGAAACCUUUGGUUUCAGCUUGGCGCAGCUCUUUUCCGUGGUGGUGCAGGCGUCCGUCAAGCACAGCGCCGGUGUAUCGCACAAAAAGGCCGAUCGAGAGACGGCGCAACACCACGUCAUGUCUUUGCUUGACUAUUGGUCCGCAGUGCAGGUCAGCUACUGUACGGGAAUCUGUCAACGAGUCCGGUUUCGCGACAUGGUGGCCGACCUACUUUGUGAGUUCGGACCUGAGAGGGUCCAUAGCGUUGCCGAUGCCACGGCCUGGAGGCAACUGCUCGCCACGGACAUUGUGGGCCGUCUCAAAGGCGAUGGUGAUGUGAUAAUUGACGACCCGGUGCACCAAGAACUGUUGAAAGUCAAGGUAAAGGAGAUGUAUGGUUACCUCUUUCAUUCCGGCAUCAACGACGACAGGACGCUCCGGGUGGCGUGGCCGAGCCUUAAGGACCGCCACGCGUACUGCCCUGUCCACUGCAGCGGCACUAACGCGUGGGCCAAUUUACUGUCCGAGUCGACGCAUAUUUCGUCUUAUGCGUACAUUGCACCGCACUGCCUGCAGGCGGGUAGAGGCAGCGCAUGUCAGAGCGGCUGGGAGCCGGCCACCGGACUGAGCCAAGUGCGUGCCUUUGCUACCAGGGUCCAGUGUGUGAAUGCAGUGAAAUCUGUUGCCGAGUUGCCUCAUGAGUCUAUUUGCUUCUUUCAGCUCAUGCGCAUAAUAGUCUUUGCACAGGUGCAUCAUCCGGACGGCGAGCCGGUCCUGUUGCGCGUGAUCCUGCACACGGUCCGGGCCAGCGUGGUCCGAAGAUUGAUUGCCAUCUGGCAUCGGACAGGCACGACGAUAACGCAAGUACAAGAAAGUAGAGAUGGAGCGACACGGGCUGAAGAAGUGCUGAUUGUGUGCGGGUGGGAUCCUUGA